AUGGGCAUGUCUGGUGAAUUGAGCAGUCCAGGAUUUGGAACAUCCUCCAAUUACAGUAAUGGUUUGGAGUGUCUUUGGUUACUUAGAGCUCCUGAAUCUUAUGUUGUUGAAAUAAAAUUUACCACAAUGGAUUUGGAAUAUCACAUUGAAUGUUCACUUGAUAUGUUGGAAGUUAUUUCUGGUGAACGUCAAUCUUCUGCAGUCAUUCACAAAUAUUGCAAUUCUGAAAGUAUGGGAGAAGAUCAGAAACUACCAGAACGUUUUCGAACUAUUCGUUCUGCCGGCCGUUCUUUAACACUUCGUUUUCACACUGACAGUACGAUAACCGCUCGUGGUUUUUCUCUUCAAUAUACAUUUUCCUUACCAAAUCCAAAACAAUGUGGUUUCAAUCUCCACUCACUUGUUGGCGGAUUUAUUCAAUCCCCUGGUUACCCAUUAAAUGAUUAUUUAAACAAUACAAAUUGUUUGUGGGAUUUACAAGUCCCUACUGGCUAUCAUAUAUUAAUUACUUUUGAAUAUUUUGAUAUUGCCCAAUCAAUUGAUUGCAAAAAUGAUUUUUUAAAAAUCUCAGAAGAGCACCAAUCACGUGCUAUAGUUCCUCUACGUUCUUAUUAUUUUUAUUUUGAUCAUGAAUCGCCUGGCCAAAAACUUUGUGGAAAUAAAUUACCUUCACCUAUUCGAACAGAAAGCAACAGAGUUAAAAUUAAUUUUACAACAGAUUCUCGUAAAACAGCAAAAGGAUUUAAAUUACGUUGGGAAGCGGUUUGUGGAGGUGCUGUAUUUCGUAAUAAUCAUGGUGUAAUAACCUCUCCAAAUUACCCAAUUAAUUAUCCAAAUAAAGCAACACAAUGUGAUUACCUUAUUGACCCAGAAGUCCAGCCAGGCAUUACACAAAUUGUUACUUUAAAAGUUUUGGAUUUUGACUUGGAUAAUACAAAUUUUGUUGAAUUUAAUAAAAAUAAUAAUCAACGACGGUUAUGUUCUUCUGAUUAUUUGGAGAUUAAAGAUGUUGAACAGAAUGGGCCAAUUGGUGUCCGUUUUGUAACAAUUCGUUCUACAUAUUCAUCAGAUUCUUCCAAAUGGAAAAAUCGUCGCGGUUUCAAAUUAUCUUAUGCAUUAGCAGAUUGUGGGGGUGAUGUAAAUUUAGUGACAGACCAACAAUCAUUUCGAUCACAGUCAGUUUAUAUCACUUCCCCAGCUUUUCCUCUCCCCUACCAUCAUUCUCUCGAUUGUGUUUGGAAUAUAACUGCUUCUUCUGAUUAUAUAAUCUCUUAUAAAUUUACCGAUUUAAAUAUAGAAAUGGGGGUGCAGGGCGAUUGUCCUUUUGAUUCUGUUGAAGUUUUUGAUGGAAAAGAAUUUAAUAAUCAGAGCAGAAAAGUAAAUGAAAUUAUGAUUUUUAAUGAAAAAUACACAAAUUCUAAUUUAUUUUUAAAGUUAAUUAUUUGCGGAGAUAAGGCACCCGACGGUGAAAUGAAAAGUAGUGGCUCCGGAUUACUUGUUCGGUUUAGAAGUGACCACAGUACAAGUUUUGAUGGGUUUAGAAUGGUAUUAACAGCAACAUUGGGGCCUUCCAAAGGUUGUGGGGGUUCUCUUAAAGCUUUGGAAAAUGAAUGGAAGAAAUUAAAUGUUCCAAUAGAUCCUCAAACUGAAAAUUAUUACCCAAAUCUUCGUUGUGAAUGGAAUAUUGAAGCUGAACGUGGAAAUCUUAUAGAAAUUCGUUUAAUUGAAUUAAAAUUAGAACAAAAACCUCCACAAGAACAACAACAAAAUUCUGUUAAUUCAACUUUAGCUAAUUAUGUUGGACUUUCAUUUUUGGAAGUUACCCCUUGUUUUGAUUAUAUAGCUAUUUAUGAUGGACCUAAAGCAACUUCCCCUCUAUUACUUCCUCCAAGUUGUAGUUUACCUUUAACUGACAAUAAUGAAUUAAAUCCAAAUUUUAUUUCAUCCCAUCGCCAAAUUGACGUAUUUUUCUCUUCUGAUUCUAGUACAGAAUUAGCUGGAACUGGAUUUCAAGCUGAGUUUAGAGCAAUUAAAUCUGACUGUGGAGGAGCUUUUUUGGCUGGCCAAGAUUGUUGUCGUUGGUUUCUCUAUACAGAAAAACAACAACCUUUGGAAGUUAUUUUUGAACAAUUUUCUUUUCCAUCAACUAGCGGUAAUUGUUUGGAUGAAUUUUUGGAACUUCGGGAUGUUGGGGCUUUAAGUGAAUGUCAACAUCCUGCUUGUGCUACAGAACCAUUACAAGGAAAAAAGGAAAGAACUAUACGUACAUGUGGAAAUAAUGCACCUCAAUGGUACAUUUCAAGUACUUCAGUUAUACAAUUAACUGCUUCUGUUCUUCUCCAAAGCCAAUUCUCUGCUAGUUUUCGUAUUCGUUUUCGAACUCUUUCUGCUUGCAAUCGAAGUAUUGAAAUUGAUGGAAAUGGUUACAGAAUUUUACAAUUUGUUAAAAAUUAA